AUGGCGCUGCUGAAACAGUUGGAACACCUCAAAAUCUCAUUUGAUGUCAUAAAAUUGGCCACCAAUAACUUUGGACCUGAGAAUUUUAUCGGGGUGGGUGGAUUCGGCAAGGUCUACAAAGCAGAGAUAACUUCCACCGACGGGCUAACAAAAACCGUCGCAAUAAAGAGGUUAGACAGACGCCAUGGACAAGGUGAACAUGAGUUUCUGAUGGAGAUAAUGAUGCUUUCUCGUUAUCGACACAAAAACCUAGUCUCUCUCUUAGGUUUCUGUGAUGAAGGGGAGGAAAAGAUUCUUGUUUAUGAGUUUGAGUUUAAUGGUAGCCUCGAAAAGUACCUUAGCAGCACCAGUCUCACAUGGGUUCAACGACUGAAGAUAUGCAUUGGGGCAGCUCGUGGACUGGAGUACCUUCACAACCCACUUGGGACACAGCAAAGAGUCUUGCAUCGAGAUGUGAAGAGCGCGAAUGUUCUUUUAGAUCAGUUUUGGGAAGCUAAAAUAGCCGAUUUUGGGUUGUCCAAAAUGGGCCCUGCAAAUCAAGAGUACACGUUUCUUGUCUCCAAUGCAGUUGGGACAUUUGGGUACUGUGAUCCGUUGUAUGCAGAGACAAAUAUUCUGACAAAGGAGUCGGAUGUGUACUCGUUUGGGGCAGUAUUGUUUGAAGUCCUUUGUGGGAGGUUGUGCAUUGGGAGACCCGAUGAUAAGCAUCGAUUAUUGACAAAACUCGCACAACAGAGCUAUGAACAAGGAACACUAGAAGAUAUUAUCUUCAAUGGUCUACGGGAACAAAUGGAACCAAAUUCUUUAAAAACCUUUUCUUCAAUUGCAUAUCGUUGUUUGAAAAGAGAGCGUGAAGAACGCCCCACCAUGGCUCAAGUGCUUGAAGAACUUGAGCUUGCACUUGAAUAUCAGGAAAGUUUUCAAAGUGGAAAACCCAUGGAGUAUGAAGAAAUAAUCGAGAUGGCUGAUAGAGAACAAUCCUUAGUCUACACAAAUAAAAGAGAACUCAAAUUGCUUUUAUCUUCAGGAGUUCGUGUUGAUUGGGGUAGAAGGUGGUUCUCCUUGAGCAAGAAGGAACAGAACUGUGAGAUGAUUUCUGCAUCAGAGUUCUCGUUCCAAGAUCCUGGAACUGUGGAGUGGAUUCCUUACUCAACAUCGAGGUUUUCUGAGGUAGCUAAGAUUGAAGGAACAAAUAAUUUGCAGAUAGAGGUUGAUAUAGAAACGAUUUUAUUGUCACCAGGAAUCACAUACGCAGCAUACUUGGUGUUCAAAUUUAUUCAUAGAUUUAGUGAUGUUUCACAUUUCGACGAAUCAUCAGAGAUCACGUCUUCUCAACCGACAUUUGUUGGGUUACAAUACAAAUUUAAAGACGCAGAUGAAUCAUCGUUCUCCCACUUUGCUGACUGGACCGAAAAUGGGUGGAUGAUGAUUGAACUUUGCCAGUUUGUUAGUUAUGGAAAAGUCGCAAAGCUUGAGCUUUUGCUUGAAGGAAUUCCUAGUUACAAUAUCAUUUUACUCGAAGGCAUCCAGUUCUUGCCUGUCGAGAUGCAGGCUAUAGAAGAAGAACCAGUAGUAGUAGUAGUAGACAAUUCAAACACAAACUGGGAACAAAAACUACCAACCGACUAUCAGCACAUAAUCAAAUCAGCAAAGGAUCGUGUCCCAUACAACAUUACCAACAAGGAAAUCUACACGCUUCUUUCAAACGGAAUUCUUACCAACAGAGGCCAAAUGUUGUUUUCUCUUGAUAAAGAUGGAAUCAAAUGCUGUAUGGCAUCGGCAAGAGCAGUAUUAGAAGAGUGCGAUGAGGAAUCCAGAAGGUUCUCACAGCUUGCGUGUCUUCGUUGGAUAUCUGUACAUGAAUCAAGAUUCGAGAAGGUGGCUGAAUGUGAAUCAGGCAGGGUUUUACGUAUAAACUGCCAUAUCAACUUCCAUAUGGUAUCAUUAAACACACCCUACGCAACUUACCUUGUGUACAAAUUGCCAGACGUUAGACAGGGGACACUUGAGUGUCCUGUAGAUGUAAGGGAUAUCAACAGAGACUCACCGAAUUUCAGUGAAGUUGGUGUGAUCUAUUUAACCAGUCCAACAAUCCCGUUUAUCAUGCUGACAGAUGGUGAUCAAAAUAGGAAUCAAAGACAAAACAAGAACCCAUUGUAUAGACCCAAACUAGACUGCCUCCCGAGACAAAGGAAAGAUGGGUGGAUGGAAGUUGAGAUAUCUCAAUUUAAAGCAGAUACUCCUACUUCUCUCAACUUAGCGUUUGAAUUUACCUUUAACGAACGGGAGCAACUUACAGGGCUUAUCAUUCAAGGAUUUGAGAUCAGACCAAAAUAAAUUCUACUUGUGAAAUCAGAUCUACUCUGAUAGCUAUUCCUAAACAAUUUCCAAUCUAUCACUUCUUAGAUGUUGAGAGGGUGUUUUUGUUAAUCGAAUUUAAUUUGUAAAAAUAAUUAAUUACGAUUCCAGUUUGUAGGUGAAGAUAAUGUAAUGGAGGGACUUCAUUAAUGACUUUGAGUUAAUUUUAACGAUCAAAAUCUGUUAAAAACUAACAAGAUGCUAGAAAAAAUUCAGCAUUGCAAAUAAGAAAUAACAAUGAUGAUGAUUUGUG